UCCUCCCCUCUUGUUUCCUAAUUUUAUUUCUUAUAAUAUCUAUUAUUUCGAUUUCCUUAUAAGAGAAGUUUAAGGGAAAACAAGAUUUUAGGCGGGAAAUAAUAGAAAUCUUUUUUUGGCGGCCAUACUGAAGCCCAAAUUAACAAUUCCUCCUCCUAGGGUUUCUAGUGGAGAGAAGAAUGAAGAGAGCAGGCAUCGAAGAGAACCUCUUAGCGAUCCUCGACUCCGCCUCCGAUUCUAAACACACACCAGACGCCAACGAUGACAGGCUUGCAUUUCUGGAAGCAGUUCGCAGCGCUUGCAUUGUUAAUGAAAAUCCUCCAACAAGCAAAAUGCGUGAGGCGGUGUUUCAAAUUUUGAGGGUUGGGAAAUCAUUGGAAUUGAUUACGGAAAGUUUUCGCCUUUUAAAUGAGUUGGAUAAGCGUUUUCCACGCGUGUAUUUGUCAGAGAAAGAAGCAUCAGAGUCAUCUCACCUAGUCGUGGUUGAGGAGGGCUGGUCGCCAUUUCUUUUUAAUUUGGAAAAUGCAUCUAGAGAGAGGGGAGCUGGUGGCAGAAGCAUUAGCGGACCACUUGACUCAUUGGGUUUCCUUCAGUUAAUGCAAGAACUUGCUGAAGUGGCUAAUGAGGGAAACCUUCAAGCAUUAGAAAUAAAGGUUGGGAUACUCUUCCCAGUUCAGUCACUUGCUGAGCAUUCUUCCGACAUGCCUUUCUUUCAGUCACUGAGGAACAUGUUGCUGUUUCAAUAUCUUGUCAAUGCUCUUGAAGGAGACUUUUUACCACGUAACAGGGUGUAUGAAGAAACCAUGAAUUGGACCCACCUAAGGGAGUCUUUGCUCAACAUGCUUUUGAGUACAAGAAGAAUAAACUACAAAGGCUUGAUGAAAGAUUGCUUAUCCAUUAUGUGUGGAUUGUUUGACGUUUCUGCUGGAAUAAGCGAGGAUCUAGAAUCUCCUGACAAUGCUGCUUCAAAACUAUCUCAUAAUGGCAAUACAGCUUCAGCAUUAGCUUUGUUUGAAUUAGGAAAUAAUGCUUGUAUUGCCUUGCAAAAACUUCUGAUAAUGAUUAUGGACCUUGACAUGUCUAGGAAGAAAGCAGACAUGCAAGGUUCUACAACCAGAGCUGAUGGUGUGAGGACCCCUCUAAUGGAGAUAAUUUUGGAUGAGCUAACUUAUGACAUAGAUAUGCUUUCUCCAUUUCUUAAGGUAUUUAAUGAGCCUAAGUGGAAGCUCGAAAUCAUCUUGCAGUAUUUUUCAAAAUACACCACUAGAGUGUCCACUCGCACUCGGAGAUCAAAUGGUCCUACUGAGGAUGCAACAACAUUCAGUGGAGUCUUAAACUGCUUUUCCAAUAUCACCAGUACACGAAGCAUUACCAAAAAGAUAAAAGCAGAUGUAGUUCAGGUGCUUUUAGCACAUGCUUUUCAGGCACAUUUGUCAUCGUCAUCUCAACAAGAUGCUGAUGGCAUCUCUGCUUCGAAGGAUGAAGGAAGGAGCAGCUCUCUAGUGGAAAUAUGCGAGAACAUAAUCUCUGCAUUUAAUAAUUUGAGAAGAACAGAUGCUUGCCCACAAAUUAGUUGGCGGAGAUGGCAUGCUGCAAUGCUGCUUCGCUGAAGGUGACAGAGAGUGAUAACCUUGGUAUCAUUCUGAAUGGAAAUCAAAAUCACUAUCCUACAUCAUCAUCAUCAUUUUUAUUCAAUGGAAGGUACAUCAUCAUAAUAACAAGAUCUUGGCAAAAUUUGAUCACGGUACAGGAAGAUAGAGAUUUUGCCAAUUGGAAAGGAGGCGCUGUUUACUGCAGCAACAAUCCUCUCAACAGAGACAGGAGCUCAUGUAUAAUAAAGGAUGCAGGUAAUCUGAACAUAUUGUUACAUGUGGACAUGCUCCUCUGAAGUGCUUGUAAAGAAUAUCUCUGUAAGCUAUUCAUAUCUUUUGUAGCUAAAUUGAUCAUUUCACUUAAAUAUCAUACUAGUUUCUUCUGGCUC